AAGAGAUAACAUAGUUACACGUCAUUUACUCUAAAUUUUCAGAAUCUUUAAAUUAACAUUUUUUGUUAUUAAAAAUUAUUAUUGGUUUGAUCAAAAAAUUAUGAAAUCGUAACUCUUAACUUGCAAAAAUUUAGUAACUUCAUUAGAGAAAAAAAUGGGAACUGCAAAUAGUACGCCUAUUCCCGGUGGAGGAACAGAAGGAUAUCAUAUUUUAAAAGUUCAAGAUAAUUCACCUGGACAAGCAGCCGGUUUGGAAGCUUUUUUUGAUUUUAUAUUAGCUAUUAAUACCACAAGACUUGAUAAAGACAAUGAUACACUUAAAGAAAUGUUAAAGAAUGGAGAUGGACAAGAACUCAUAUUAAGUGUUUACAGUAGUAAAACACAAAUAGUUAGAGAAGUUAAAAUUAUACCCAAUAGUAGUUGGGGUGGCCAAGGUUUAUUGGGUGUAAGCAUACGAUUUUGUUCCUUUGCUGGGGCCAAUGAAAACGUCUGGCAUAUUCUUGAUGUACAUCCAAACUCUCCUGCUGACAAAGCUGGGCUUAGAUCACAUACAGAUUAUAUAAUAGGAUCUGAUUCUAUAAUGCAUGAGAGUGAAGAUUUGUUUAUGUUAAUUGAAGCACAUGAAGGAAGACCAUUGAAAUUAUAUGUUUAUAAUGUUGAAUUGGAUACUUGCAGAGAAGUUUCAAUUACACCCGAUUCUGCAUGGCCUGGUGAAGGAAGUUUGGGCUGUGGAAUAGGUUAUGGGUAUCUUCAUAGAAUACCUGUUAAAAAAAUAUCACAAAAUAAGGAUAUUCCUGCACCACCUGUUAUAAAACCAGCAGUCAUUAAUAAUGUUAUGGCAUCUGCGUCUCAAGUACCUGAAAUAAUUAAUCCACCAGUUUUAACAUCUCAACUGCCAAUGAUCAAACAAGAACUUCCAGUUUGCGAUACAAGUUCGCCUGCUAUUGAACCAGAAAAAACCCAGGAACUUUUAAGUGAAAUCAAUCCAAGCACAUCUUCGCCAUUUAUGAACAAUACAAACUCUCAAGUACCUGCUUUCACAUCAACAGAUCAACAAAUUCCUCAUUUUAACUCUUCUAUAUCCAUCCCACAUUUCUCUCCAGAAACAAUGACAUUUAAAAAUCCUUCUGUACCUGCAUUCCAAGUAAUUAAUUCUCAAUUUAGUCCAAACCAACAGAGUUCUACUUCAGAUUCAAUGAAACCUUUUGUAUUGACACCACAAGUAACAACCUUACCAUCAUUUUCAUCGCAAGAAUCUAUCACUGUCUCUACAUCUCAAGAGGUAUUUGUAACAUCUGUAUGUUCUUCCCAAUCAUCUACAACUCAAGAAUUGGCCUAUCAGUCAUCCAUCCCGUUUUUACCUCAAAGUAGUGAUUCCCAAUAUCAUCCUACCGAUAUAGGGAGUACAGCUACUACAAGAGAUGAACCAAGUUCUAAAGAUCUAAGUAAUUAUUUCACAGUGUUUCAAUCUCAAGCCAAUUCAUCAAAUAGUCCAAGUACAAUACCAAUGUUUUCAGUAAAAAAUUUUCCACAGAUUUCAACUUUAGCCCAGCCUCUUGGGAACCAUUUUUCAGCAACACCUAUAUCUCAAUCACAGCCACCUCAAGUACAGCCAGAAAACAUAUAUUCUGAUGUAUCAUCUCAAUUUCAACCAGUAAAACCACCUCAUCAAUUACAACAUCAACCAAAUAUUUAUCCAGGAAUGCCACUUACAACUCCAAUAUCUUUACCAGGCAUGCCUCCAAUAACUGUUAGUGCUACUCUACCUUAUUCAGCAAUAGAAAGUUUACAAAUUGAUCAGAAGAAAAAUAUUCUAAACAAUAACAGUUAAUUAUCUAUUAUUUAGGUCAUUUCUACUUGUUUGAAUAAAAUUAA